AUGUACACAUCCCACAAUCACCCAUUCACGGAAAACAUUAUUCGGGUGCCACUGCCCGACAAGUAUAAACCGCCCCCCAUUCCGCUAUAUGAUGGAAGGAGCGACCCGGAUGAUCACUUAGAAGUCUAUACAGGGCACAUGGUCCUACAUGGGUACCCUGAGGAGGUCAUGUGUCGGGCCUUCAGAAAUCACCUCACUGACUCAGCCAGGAGAUGGUUCAGAUCCCUGAAACCGAACUCUAUUACAAGCUGGGAUAAUUUGAAGAACGCCUUCUUGACUCAGUUCAUAGGUGUCAAAAAAUACAUCCCACCUAAACAAAACCUCUCAAGGGUAUACCAGGGGCCUAAUAAGUCCCUGAAGGACUGGAUAGCCCGGUUUGGGGAACAGGUUACCGCCACCGAGGGAAUCUCCGACGAGGUGGCCCUAAUGGGGGCGCUGUCAAGCAUGAAAAAGGACAUCCCCUACAGUACAGACCUCGACCGAAAACCCUCCCAGACUUACCAGGAAUUCAUGACAAGGGCGCAGGGAUUCAUCAACGCCGAGGAGGCUAAGAAGGCCUUAAAGAGCAAGGCAGCAACCCCUGCCAAGGAAGAGGUAAGGCAGGCGAGCAAUCAAAACAACGGCAAGAAGUGCCGAGGUAAUCAUCAGGUGCAAGCCAAACAAAGAUACAACCCAGCCCCAAACAGGAGUGGUAACACCUCGACGAGUCAAGGGGAAAACAAGCGGCCGAAGCCGCAAAAGUACGACGCGUACACCCCGCUGACCAUGGGAAUCGAGGAUGUCUAUUACGAGAUUAAUCACCUCCAGGUUUUGCGACGGCCACCGCCGUUGAAGUUUGAUCCGGCACGGAGGAACCAAAACAAAUACUGCAGGUUCCACGGCGAAAGUGGGCACACCCCGGCCGAAUGCUAUGACCUGAGGGACGAGGUCGAGAGAUUGAUCCAAGAAAGGAGGCUCGGUGAGUACCGAGCCGACUGUCGGAACAACAACAACCGGCGGAACAACGACUGA